AUGAGACUCAUUCCAACGACACACAGCCUCGCGGCUGCACUUGAUGUGCUGAACGAGGUCAUCUUACCCGAGGUGACUUCUGACGAGGCCAAAACCUACAUAGGGUCCCUCCAGGCUAUCCUGACGGACCUUUUUAGGCGGCAGAGCUCACAGAUCGGCUUUCUGCAGGAUGCCUUGCUACAAGGCGAAACCUUGCUCGCCGAGAUCCUGACAACACUUGAACCAUCGUCUCGACGGAACCCGCCUGUUCCACGACUGGACCGAAACUUCGACGAUCUCGCUGCCCGUCACGGCGAGCUAACGAACGAACUCUUCACCCUAGCUGAACGCCUUGUGGGAGAGAAGAACAAUGACCCCAGCUCAUCGACGCUCCUGCGGAGGGCGGCCAAAUGGGAGCAUGACUACUAUGGGGGUAUUUUAACCUUGCCGGUCGAUCUGCCCCAUAUUCGGCUCCCAGAAGAAAAUCGUGGUGGGCCUCUAAGUGAAGCCUUCCUUCGACGCCUUUUGAUAGGCAAACGUGGCAUCACACGCCUGGGCUCACUUAAACGUCUCACUGGCGGCGGCGGCAAACAGACGUACUCGUGCAUAGUCACUUACAACGAUGACAGCACAGAGACGAUGGUUGUUCGGAAAGAGGACGCGGUGCCACUCAUAAAACGCGGUGCUUUUCGACCACAUCAGGAGUUUGCUCUGCUUCAAUGCCUGAACUGCACGGACUUCCCUGCCCCGCGAGUGUACGUGGCCUCUGAGCCUGUACCUGGCCCCGAUGGCGUCGAUGGGGCCAUAUGUGUCAUGUCACUCAUGCCAGGAACCUGCCCCGGAACACUGCUCAGCUCCGCCAACCGAAGUUUCGACGAAAGCCUCCUCCUGCAGCUGGCAUCUCUUCACGCAAAACUGCAUGCCAUCCCACUGGAGACAUUCCAGCCCUACAUUGACAAGUACGAAGAUUCCAAAGUCCUGACACAAACCGUCACGCAGCGAUACCGCAGUGCCCUCGAACGCUGGCGGGUAUACUACACAUCCGUGGAGCAUCUGGAGUCCCCAUACCUUGUCUGGCUAUUUGAUUGGAUGAUGACACACGUACCGGACGAUGAGAGACGUCCGGUCGUUACACAUGGCGACUUCAACGUCCACAACCUGCUGGAAAAGGAUGGCCAAAUCACCGCCGUACUAGACUGGGAGACGGCCGACUUUGGCGCCCCAGAACAAGAUCUCGCAUAUAUCCAACCGCUGGUCUCCAAACACAUGCCCUGGGAUAAAUUCAUAGCUGCAUACGGCGCUGCGGGAGGUCGAGAGAUCAACCCUAAGCAUUUUGCCUUUUGUCAAGCUUACUCGAUUCUCCGAACGACGUUGGCCUUCAAUAGGACCACUCUGAGCAUCCAAAAAGGGUGGUCCAAUGACCUGCGUUUUUUUCUGGGGGAGCUCGGUUACAACGCACUUUUCAUGGAAAUGGGGUUGAAGUAUACGUCACUGCCUCCGGAAUCUGUCGCGCAGCUUCCAACAACAGACGAUGUGCUUGAUAGCGAGAAUGAUACCGCUGUUGUGGCCGCGGCGGCCGCAGAGGGGCAAACAAGCACAAACAACAGUUCGUCAUCGGGAAAGUUUCACGAUACAGCCACAGGCGGCCAAAAGCUGAUGAUUUUUGGUGACGAAGCGAACAAUCGCCAAACCCCUGGUCCUCAACCGAACUGGCAAGAAAGCGUCGUCCUCGUCUGGUGGGACGAAUGUAACAAAGUCGGUGGUUUUCACCGCCUGGGCCACGAACCCAAUCUUCCCAGCGGUGCGAAGGCCACACUUUGGACCCAUCUCAUCACCCCCGAGGGCGUGUCUAAGCGCACCAAGUAUGUUCCUCUCCGCGAUGUCGACCUCCUUCCCGGCGGAGGUAUGGGAAGUGGUGACGAUACCUGCACCCAUAUCUUCCAGGACGGUCUCUCGAAAUGGACCUUUACAGAUCCAGAGCACGAGCUCUCUGCAUUCAUCAAUCACAAAGAUAUCGGACCUAAUCUCUCUGGAUUUCCACAAAAGGGUAGCAUGAAGUCUGGUUUUGCUUCCCACCAUUUCGAUGUUCCCGGCACCAUAAGCGGCUCCGUCAAGAUCAAAGGCAAAAGCUACACCAUCAAUGGCUGGGGUAUUCGUGAUCACGCAUGGGGUCCCCGUGAUUGGAACAAGAGUAUCCUCUCUCAUCGUUGGGUCGUCGGUACGGCGGGGGACGCCUUGUCCUUUGUCGGUGUGACAUACCACUCCUACGACGACCGCAUGGCCAAGUUUGGCUGGGUGGUGCGUAACGGCGUGGUCACUUACGCAAAGGACAUUGAUGUACUCGCGUACAUGGAAGCAGACGGCUGCGUGAACCGCGGCGGACGCGUCAAGUAUGUGUUGGACUCGGACGAGGUGUUGAUUUUUGAGCAUACACCCGUGGAAGCCAAGGCGGCGGUGGCCUAUCAUCAUGGAAUUCCGUGCGUGGAUCGCAUCUGCUCUUUCAAAUGCAGCAAUGGUCUCGCGGGACUUUCCAACUUUGAGACGAGCAACAACAUACAGGCUGGGGAACGUCGCCCAGGGUUAUUGGUUGAUGGGCUGAUGGAGGACGGAUUUUGGACACCGUGA